CAGCCAAACUGGAGAAGUUAUUAGAGCGACCAGAACCGACGCCAGGAGUUUCAGAAGAAUGGGGCUCUGGUUGGACUGGACCAAAUUUUAUUGUGGAAAUCGAAGAGACUGGAUCUGCCGCAGCAACGAACUCAGAUUAUAUCAGCAGCCACGAAGAUGUGACCAACGAAACAGCAUUGAACUCCACCGCGGCGGGGAGUGGUACCAAAAUCGUCGUGCGACCAGAGGAGGUAAUCAUUGUUGGCCUCGUAUUGAUGCUUUGGGUGGGCGCCAUCGUUUUGUUCUUUAACCGUUGGGGUAAAAUACGUAUGCUGGAACCGUAUCAACCGAAAUUUCAGCAACAACAUCGGUCUUCCUGUCCGCUGGUCGAUAUGGACGCAAUACCAACACAUGGGCGUGCAUCUGUGUCUCGUAUGUCAAUGGGCCUAGUCAAUAACAUCAAUAUGCCAACAUGUCAUUUCGCUGCAUAUAAUCCCACGAUAUAUGCUAAAG